AUGGCUACAGUCACAGCCUUGCCGGAGGUACUGGCAAGCUUCCAAACAGCAGUAGAAUCCGCCACGCAAGGUCUGCCAACUGCUGACUCUCUGCUCCCUCCCGACAACGGCAUUACACUCUUCGACACGAAGAACGAGAUCUUCCUCUCGUACCUCCAGGCUCUGGCCCUGCGCAACUUGAACGUAAUACGGAGUAUCACAGAUGGGAGUGAUGUGGAGGCUGCGAGCAAGCUCAGCAACGAGAUCACGAAAAAGCUUGUCGAGCAUCGAGUAUAUCUGGAGAAGGGUGUGAGACCGUUGGAGCAGAAGAUCAAGUACCAGGUUGAUCGAGUGGUGAAGAUGGCAGACGAUGAGGAGCGGAAAUCCGCACAGCAAGCAGUGCGGGCAUCGACAAAUGGGCUUGCAAAGCACAAUGGCGAGGCCAAGGAUGAAGACUCGGAGGAUUCGGACGACGCAAGCGACAGCGACGCCGAGCUUGGUGCUGACAUGACAAGCUUCGCCCCGAGAGUUGCGACGAUGGGUACCGACAAGAAGCCUGCCAACGACGAUGAGGACCGCGCCACGAGCAAGCAGGAUGGUGUGUACAGACCACCGCGUAUCUCAGCCACAGCCAUGCCAACCACCGAACGACGAGAGAAGAAGGAACGAGGACCUGGGAGAUCAGCCACCUUGGACGAGUACGUUUCCAACGAACUAUCUACAGCACCACCUUCGCAGCCAAGUAUUGGUAGCAAUUUGGCAGCAGGAGGAAGGCAGACCAAGAAUGCACGCCAGUUGAAGGAGGAUGCUGAGCGCAGGGACUACGAGGAGACACAUCUCACACGUCUGCCUGCGAUGUCUAAGAAGGAUAUGGCGAGGAGAGGGCUAGGAAAGGCCAGAGAUGGUGGUUUUGGAGGCGAGGAGUGGAGGGGUUUGGGCGAGAGUCUGGACAGGAUCGGUGAUCUCACCAAGAGGAAGGGCAAAGACAGCUCCUUGGACAAGAGUCGCAAGCGACGUGCGGUAGAAGAUGGCCCUCGCAGCAGUGGUGUGCGUGACUUGGUCGACGUCAAGAGGAGGAGAAUGCAAAAGAAGGGUCAGAUAUAA